AUGCCUGUGGAAUCCAAGAAGAAGGACUCCAAGACCAAGAGGAGGGACGACUCCGAGGACGACGAUCCUCCACCCAAGAAGAAGACUGUGACGAAGAAGAAGGAGGCAGACACGCCCACGAAGAAGAAGGAGGUCUCCAAGACAAAGAAGCGAGACGAGUCGGCAGAGCCUCCGCCGAAAAAGAAGACCACCACAAAGAAGAAGGAGGAGGAAGCUCCAAAGAAGAAGGAAAAGGAGCCGGAGCGAACAAAAACUCGUGAUGACCGCGAUCGGGACGGGAAGGAUCGCGAGAGGAGCCGGGACAGAGACCGCGAUCGCGAGGAAAAGCGCCGAGGAGGAGAUCGCAGUCGCAGUCGGCGACGGGGUGAGGAGCGCGAGCGCAACCGAGACAGGGACCGCGACCGCGAACGACGCGGUGGAGACCGCGAUCGCGACCGGGACCGCGAUAGGGGCCGUGAAGACGACCGUCGUCGUGAACGCCGGGAUCCGCGUGAAGAGGAUCGUUCAAAGGCGACUCUUCGUCCACCUCGUGACAGGGAUGAGCCAGAACGACCCGACCGAGCAUUUGCUGGCCGGUUUGCCGACCGGGAUGGUCGUGGUGCCGGCGGCAAGGGUGGCAGCAGCUUUGGUGCCAACUGGGGCAGCCGCGAUAUGGGUCGUGAUGAGAAAGGCAAGGGCAAAGGCAAUCGCCCUGAGUGGGAUCCACGAAGCGCGAGGAAUUUGGAUUUGGAAGCGGAGAAGACCGGGGGCCGUGGACGGAUGCAGUACAGCGACCACGACGAUCGUCAGGGUGAGGCACCGCAGUCACGGCGGCGUGGCGGAUCGCCAGACUGUUGGAAGCACGACAUGUUCGAAGAGGUGCAAAACGAGGGAAAGGACGGCAAGAAGGACGACGGAGAGGAACGACAACAGAAGUCUGCUAAGGACGCAAAAAGAGACGACGAUCAGUCGGAUGAGGAGCCUGCCGAUGAGAAGCCGAAGAAUUCCGACAAAAAGGAAGACAAGGAUGAAGAUGAUGCAUCAGACAGCGGGGACGACUAG